AGACGAUAAAGGAAAAGCCAUGAAAGAGGCGAAGAAGAAGAAGAAGCCAGAAACCUCCAUUGGUGUGUCGAUAUCAGCUCUGGGAGCUUUCUCUGUUUAUUUGAUUACUGGGUUAUUUCUGGCCGUCGGAUUCUGGGUGAUUCGUAACAUUUACUUUGUCGAUCUCAUUUCUGAUCCAUCUCUCACUCUGCGUCUCCUGUGGAUUAUUGAGUUCCCGAUCGUGGUAGUCAUCUACAGCUUGUUCCGACGGAACCCAGAGAAAUGCUCGUACUUUAGAGCUGUUGGGCGAAGCAUAGUAGGACUAAUUUCCGGGGCUCUUAUAAAUGCUUUUGGAGCUGUUUCUUUGGGUGCACCUAUUGGAAUGCAAUCUCUACCAAAAACAAUUCACUGGUCCUUUCUAAUGUCUGUUUUCACGGUUGUACCAGCGAGUGCAGUUUUUGGUGCAUCAUGGACAGAUUGGCAUCGUGUGUUUGCUUCACUAAAACCAACUGGAAAUGUAGAAUAUAUGAUCUUGAUUCCAGCAUAUGGAGCAAUUAUUGGAGGUUGGUUUGGAGCUUGGCCUAUGCCACUUGACUGGGAAAGGCCAUGGCAGGAGUGGCCUAUAUGUGUGUGUUAUGGAGCAAUAGGAGGCUGCAUUGUUGGACAAAUUGCCUCCUUGAGUUUGAUGAUUCUUCUCAGGAAACACAAGAAUAUGAAGCUAGCCUAGAAUAGUUUGAUCGUCUCUGGAUCUGCAUAAUGAGUUUCAUUUUGUUUUGAACUGAUUGCUAGAUUGGAGAGACAACAAUAGGGCAAGGUUUUUGUUAGCUUGAACAGAAUUUAUUAAAUUCCACAUAGAAUC